AUGAAUAUCUCGACGCCGCAACCUUACUUCCAGAUACCGCUGGGUCGGUCCAACACUACUACACACAAUAAUGCGCCAAUGUAUUACCUGGAGAAGCCGUUGGCCAGGUCAAACACGUCGUCGACAACGUCCUCAAUGUUGGAACGAUCCCGAUCAACUCCUCUUUCGAGGAUGUUGUUGUCCGGAGAAGUCAGUGGUGAAGCGCCGCGAGAUCUGACCUUGAAAGAGAAGUUUGAAAGAUGGAUGGUCAAUGAAGGUUCAAGGCGGGUGGUGGUGAGCGUAUUCGUGCUGGUUCACGGACUGAUAUUCGGCUUUGGGUUUAUGAAUUAUCAAUUGAAGGACAACUUGACGACGGCGCGAGCAACCUUCGGUAUCACCUAUCCGAUCGCACGUUCGGCCGCUUUGGUUUUGCAUUUUGACGUCGCAUUGAUCCUUUUCCCGGUCUGCCGAACGUUGAUCUCCCUGUUACGACAAACACCUCUCAACAGCAUUAUUCCCUUUGACAAGAACCUCACCUUCCACAAGCUGGUGGCCUAUUCGAUCGUCUUUUUCACAUGGGUUCAUACGAUUGCGCACUGGAACAACUUCGCCCAACUUGCAGCCAAACAGAAGCUGGGAUUCGUUGGCUUUUUGCUCGCCAACUUCGUCACGGGCCCGGGCUGGUCCGGAUAUGUGAUGCUCGUCGCCUUGAUGGCUAUGUUGCUGACCUCGAUCGAGAAACCCCGACGAGCGAAUUAUGAACGUUUCUGGUCCCUCCAUCAUUUAUUCGUUGUGUUUUUCGUGUUUUGGUCUAUUCAUGGAGCCUUCUGCAUGAUCAAAUCUGAUACCGCACCUUUCUGCUUCGGUACCGGUGUCUUCUGGGAAUACUGGAUGUAUGGGGGUUUCGCGUAUCUUUUGGAACGCGUCCUCCGUGAGAUCCGAGGCCGACACAAGACGUUCGUCACCAAAGUCAUCCAACACCCAAGUAAUGUCGUCGAGAUCCAGAUGCACAAAGAAAAGACCAAGACCCGUGCCGGCCAAUACAUCUUCAUUUGCUGCCCGGAAGUCUCUAUCUGGCAGUAUCAUCCCUUCACUUUGACCUCCGCGCCAGAGGAGGACUACAUCUCUAUCCAUGUACGGAUGGUGGGCAACUUCACCAGAGCCCUGGGCAAAUCCCUAGGAUGUGACGACAGUAAGGGUAAAGGAGGCAACAAAGACGGUGCCAAAAUGCAACGUUCCGAAGUCGUCUCCAUGGCUCCCGGUGGAUUGACCAAGAUCCUACCCCGGAUCUACGUCGACGGACCCUUUGGCUCUGCGUCCGAAGACGUCUUUAAGUUCGAGACCGCCGUGCUUGUCGGCGCAGGUAUCGGUGUCACUCCCUUCGCCAGUAUCCUCAAGUCUAUCUGGUACCGUAUGAGUACCGGCAACGGAGGCAAGACCAGACUACGCAAAGUCUACUUCUUCUGGAUUUGUCGUGACUUUGGGUCUCUGGAAUGGUUCAAGAGUUUACUCAUGGCCAUUGAAGCUCAAGAUAAACAACAUGCCAUUGAGAUUCAUGCUUAUCUGACCGCCAAGAUCUCCUCCUCGGACGCAAACAAUAUCAUGCUCAACUCCACUGACACGGACGCCAUCACGGGCCUUCGCACGCCUACGAACUUCGGCCGACCAAAUUGGGACAUGGUGUUCCGCGCGAUUCGCAAAUUGCAUUCGCCAGGUGAAGCGGGCGUGUUCUUCUGCGGUCCCAAGGGAUUGGGCUCCCAAUUACAUAUUCUAUGCAAUAUGUACAGUGAAGGUGACAAGGGAUUCAGCUUUGUAUGGGGCAAGGAGAAUUUCUAA